AUGAACUCUCCACAUGAGUCCGAGAGAAUAGUUACAAGCACCAGGCUGGAGAGAACGCCUCCAAUGGUUAUGGCUCAGCAUGUUCCUCAAGGCUUUGUGGAUUCUGAAUGUCCCAGCAAUCAAGAGGUUGUCAUACCAACAGAAUCAUCCUCUUGGCAACAGGAUAAUGAGAGGCUAGGAGGACUAUGUUGUGGACGUUGGUGUGACUAUCGUCGGGCGACCAUUGCUGCCGUUGCGGUAGAAGCCGUGACGAGCCUACUAUGGAUUAUGGCAUUUUAUGUGGACUCGUUCAAUUUGAUUUACACUUCCGACGUCACGGACAAAGGCAUACUGCACAUUAUCAAUGACAGCAAUCAUCUUCAUGCUGUUGUGAAUGGCAUCACGGUGAUGUCAAGUUUCUUAGCAUUCGUUGGGGCGCUUCAAUUCAAGAUUUCAGCAAUCUCCUGGAACAUUGCCUGGAUCAUGUUGAGUUUUACCGCUGGAAUCCUUAUUCGAAUCCGAACGACAAACAACUUGAACCUCUACAAUCCGUCUCAUGAAUAUACCACCAAUUGGUUUAUAAUCAUAGUGACGGCGGUCUUAAGUGCCCUCUUCAUGUACCCACAAAUUGCAUUUAUCCACGAAGUCAAAACAGGAGUUUUGAAUCAACAUACAUAUAGCAGGGAGUCAUACUCCUGCUGUUGCCGCGCAGAACGAAAGUACUAA